AUGCAAAACCAAAUGUUUUUAUCUGGAAAGAAAAACUGUUAUUUUUGUGUGGCUAGUGCUGAUUUUUCAGAGAGCAAUAAAGAAAUAGAUAUUUUGAAUGUGAUUUAUAACGACCUGGCAAAUUGGCACUGUGAUACCUGCAAGAACGUAACUAGACGUUACAGAAAAGACGACACACCAGUCAGGACCCGAACUAACUUAAACAAAACUACAAUGUCAAUUGAUGACCUCAAUAUAACGGAAAACAACACUGUUUGUACAGAAGCUGAAACAAACAUUCAACCCAACCCUAACAAAAAAGACUUUCAAGAGGACACCUUAGAAAAGAUAGCUAUUUUGUUGGAUAGAAAAUUUGAGGAAAAUAAACAAGAUAUAAUGGACUACCUAAGAGAAAUAAUUAAGAAGGAAUUAUACACAGCAACAGAAGAUUUAAAACAAAAUUUUACAAAAACGACUGACAUAAUAAAAUCUGAACAAUUAAAUUUAAAAUUAGAAAUAGAUGAACUAAAUAGAAAAAUACAAUCGAUUGAAGAAAAAAAUAAUAAAAUAAAACAAGAAUUAGAACAGCUAAUGUAUACUCAUAAAGAAAAAUCUACAACUACAAAUAAAGAAAAUUGCUAUAACUGUGAGUAUGAAAAAAAGAUUGUAAUUUAUGGUCUAAGAGAAAAUUAUGAAGAAAAUGGAUAUGACUUGCAUGAAAAGAUUGAGACAAUUUUUUGUAAUACAAUGAAUGUUGACAUAUCUGGCUAUAUAGAGGACCUGAAAAGGCUUGGUAAAAGAGGAUCUCGUAGGCCAAUAUUGAUGGAGCUUAUCAGUAAAAGAAUGGAAAAGCGUCUAUUAAGAAACAGUCUACUCGAAGCACGUAAAAAAGGACUCCACGCAGUUAUACAAAAUAAUAAACUUAUAAUAAACGGAAAACCACAACUACUUACCGAAGAAUCACAGCACAAUAUAAACAUUAGCUUGAGUACACGAUACAGUCAAAAUAAUACUCCAAAUAACAGCACUAACACUAAUAUCAAUGUUCGCGAUAGCAGUAACAUGCAGAUUCCUUCAGAUUCAAACGAUCACUUUCGCGACAAAAACUAA